CGUUUUCUCAACGUACGAGUAUGUAGCUUUUUCGCUUACCAGCUUGUUGACGCGUUGACACGUUGAGCGCAGCAAAAGCCAACUAACGCUCUCUCUUGUGUGCCGCUCUUUUGCUACGCUUUUUCGCCCACAGUCGUGCCACCCAACAGCACUGAUGGGCAACCCUGUUCGCUCGCUCGCUUGCUGCUUUUGAUUAACUAAAGGCGAUGUGUGAAAAUUUAUUGUUGUUAUUUGUUAUUUGCCUGACGUGCGGUUCGGUUGUGUGGAGUGCCGUCGGGUUUAAGAUAUAUUCUAUUCUAUUAUUUUAUUAUCAUUUUCAAUAUAGUAAAUGUGUUAACGAAAAGCUACAGAGUUGAGCGCGUAGCGAUAAAUUUAUGAUAAACAUUUUUUUGUGUUUGAUAAUGAUUCUGAUAAAUUCUAUUGCUUUCGCAUUUCGGUGUCAAACAUUUGGUGACGAGUGAAUAGAAUAAGGCAAAGUGCGCAACAAAAAAAAAUAGAACGAAGUACAUGACAAAUACAAAGCAUAAGUGACAUAAAGUGCCGGUUACAAAUGCGGAUGCGGAUGUAAAUGUAAAUGCAGAUGUUUGUAAAAAAUCAUAAUGUAAUGACAUGCAACAAAAAUAUAACAAAAACAUGCAGACUACAACAACUGCAAUGCAAUAUUAACAAAAAAUAUGAAAAUAAUUGAAAUUUGAAAUAAACAAUAAAUGUGGCAGCGCUUUUUAUUAUAAAUAAAUAUAAAUAUACAUACGCAAAUAUAAAUAAACAUAAAUAUAUACAUAUAUAUGCAGCGAAUUUGCAACAACAACAAAAAAGAACAAGAAAUUAAGCAGUGAAUCACACUGCUCGUCGGUCGGUGUAUAAUUUCGUCGAUAAAUAUUUGAAUUGCUUUUGUGACAGAUAGGAAAUAGCCGAGCAAACACGCUCGUACCUAUAACAAACACAUAUACACACAUACAUACACAAGCUUGUUCGUAUGUACAUAUGUGCAGCUGUAUCAGCCAAGCAAAGUAAAGUCAACGUAUAACAGACAGCUGAGCGUUUAGUGGAGAAACCGAAAUCGGAAAUAGCACAAAACAUUUGUGGCGUUUAGGUAAUACACUCGAAAAAAGAGUAAAUAGCAAAUCCGCGAACGCGCGUGUGAAUUUGGAAUUUUUCUUCGCUUUCAAUUGUUUUUAUUUUCACGCCUUCCUUUCUUUUUGGCACUUUUGUUUGCUUAAUAAUACAUUUAUUCUUGGUAAAGCACAUUUCUAAUGGUAAUAAAAGCGCCAUACAACAACAAAAUUAACGAACAGUAGCGAAAGCAAGCAAAUUUCGCACAAAGUGUAUGAGUAAGCAGCUAAAGUAAGACAACAAAAACAAGCAAAACAAAAAAAGCAAAAAGUUACAAAAACUAAAAUACUUGAGCAAAUCGCCAAGCGGAAAUACCAUUUGACCCAACGCUCGAGCGGGUGCAAGUGCCAGCAAGCUGAGCAUAAAGCGCCACAUGAGAGCGUUAAUGAGGAAUGCGACUGGGUGGUCAGCGCUUGCUAUAGAUUUCACAAUAAUAAUAGUCGCUGAGAAAAGUAAUUAAAUAUAAAUAAAAAAUAUUAAUUGAAGAAAAAUAAAUAAAAUAUAAAUUUAAAGAAAAAUAAAUUAAAUAUAAAUUAAACACAAAAAUAAAAUAUAUUGUAUUUAAAAAAAAAAUCAAGCAAAACGUUAGUGAAGUGCAUAGCAAUAGCAAAAAAUUCUUACAUUACAAACCAUAGACAAAAACAAGUGCACAUAACUCGUACAAAAACAAUAAAAGAAAGGAUCAAAAUAGAAAAGUCGAAGAAAGAGCGGAAGUGGCAACACUAAAAUAGCAUAAAUCAGCAGGCGGCACACAGCAUAGCGGCUUGGAGUGGCUCUGUCAUACCAAUCGACGUCCCUAGAACUGCUGGUAAGACUCUUCGACCUAACAGCAGCAGCUUCGCGGUGUCAUUGAGCUUUGGCCAACACAACUCUGGUGUGCUGAUUGCAUUGUUGAUGCGCUAGCAGUGCAACACCAGCAAAAGUAGAACGAGUAUAAGGAGGAAAAAGUACGCGCGUUCACAAGGAAAUGUGCUGGCAAUAAAGAAUAUACAAAAGCAAAAACGAAAAAAAAUUGUGUGAGCAACAGGAAGAGAUCUGCUUUCAUGCGUGUGUAAACAGACAAAUAUUAUAUAUAAUUUUAGCCAGCAAGUUGAGGUAAUUGAAAGCAUUUGGAGGCGGGAAUAAAAAGCAAACAUAAUGAAUAAAGACAUAAAUUCAUGUUUGCAUUUGUUUGUAGCUCGAGACAUGAAUUAAAUAAUUUUUUGCAGCUCGAGGGAAGAAAAUAAAUUUUUAUAGUGUUAGAGAAAAAAAAAAUAUUAAAAGUUUUAUUAACGAUAAUAAUGGAAAUGAACAACAACGACGUUAAAUAAAAUAAUAUUAUGCAACAACAAUCGUAAAAAAAACAAAAACAACAACAGUAAGAAUAAAAAGCAGUAACCAUAUCAGUAAACAAUCAGCCGUCUGCUGUAGUAGUCUCACAGACAAGAGAUAUAAAUAAAUAAAACGCCGAAGAUAGCAGCGCAGCGCUCGUACUGCAACAAUUACAAUAAUAACAACAAUUAACACAAUAAUAAACAGCAACAAUACAAAUCGUCAGUCGAACGUCAGCAACAAAUCAACUCACACAAGUCAACAUAAGCAGAGUGUGAGUACACAUACACACACACUUGAUUACAAUAAAAACAAAUAAAACAUACAAUCAGAACAUAUAAUAAUAAUACAAAGCAAAAAGGAAAACAACAAUAGUUCAACAAGCAGCUUCGUCAAGAACUGAGAAGAGAAAGGCAACAGCAACACCAACAACAACCACAAUCGCCCUAAAUUGUGCGCGACUACAAACAAACAGACGGAAAGACCGAAAGGCGGAAAGCUAAGAAACGCAAUCGCAUAAGCGAGAACACAAACAGAUAGCGAAACAAGCAGCUGGUUAUAUACGGCGAGCGGGAGUUAAGCAGGCGGACAAAGUCAACGCAGUCGACCAUUUAGCCCCCAACAAGCGGCCAGCUUGGCCCUGUGUAUAGCACGCGCAGCCAGCAGACAACUGUGUUCUGGAUCUGGACAUAUCCGCUUCCGCAUUGUGUUUGGCUUCGCUUUCGUGUUGUGUUGUGUUCUGUUCGGUUACGCCUCGUUACACACAUGUGUACGUAGUUACGUCGUGGGUCGAUUUCGUCUUUUGGCAUUUUGGUUUUGGCAAAGAAGACGGUCGCCAACAAGUCAGCUAAUACGACACACACGCACACUCACCUAACGCUUGUUGUUAGCGGGAAAUAUAAAAAACUUGAUAUAUUAUAUAUUGGUUUCACAGGAGCGGGCUCCAUUUCAGCAUACGAAACGUGGUAACAGUUGAAUUCUUCGUGCAACAUAUUGUACUUUAAGAUCAGUUCGUGUAUAUUCGUUCAGUCGUUCGUUCGUAGCGGUUUACACUACAGCUAGCCAGCCAGCUAGCAGCUAGCGCAACUUGAUUAGCAGCGAGCAGCUUAUUGGGCGACCCAGCGACCCAGUGUCGCAGCAGUCAUAUUUCCGUGUGGCGUUGGUCAACACAAACAAUUAAAAUCGUGCACGCGUCUCUGGUUCAAAAUGAAAAUGCUUCCCGUACAGCUGUCGUUGAAUCCGCAGCUCGGUCUGUGGAGUGAUAUGUUGUGGCGUUGCCCGCCGGCGCCCUCCAGCCAAUUGGCUGAACUGAAGACACAAUUGCCGCCAUCGUUGCCAUCUGAUCCGCGUUUGUGGGGUCGCGAAGAUGUCACCGUCUUUUUACGCUUCUGCGAACGUGAAUUCGAUCUACCGAAAGUGGAUCAUGAUCUCUUCCAAAUGAACGGCAAAGCGCUUUGUCUGCUUACACGCGCCGACUUCGGCCACCGUUGUCCGGGCGCUGGUGAUGUAUUACACAAUGUGCUGCAAAUGCUCAUCAUCGAGUCCCACAUGAUGCAAUGGCAUUUACCCAACAGUCCGGUCACACCGACCACUCGUUAUCCAUUGUCGCCGCAUAGCCAUCCACAGACGCCCACAUGGCCACCAAUUGGCGCACCACCAGACAGUCCAUUUCACAAUGCCCAUAUGCAUCAUUUCAUGGCGCCCAAUUCGGUAACGCUCAGCCCGCCACCGUCGGUGGACUCACAAGCCAGCAGCCCGCCACAAAGCCAGGAACAAAAUUUAGCUGUUGCCGCCGCCGCCGCAGCAGCUGCCGCUGUCGCUUCAGUGAGCGGUGCCAGCACGAGCAGCAGCAGUAGUAGCAGCACUAGUAGCGGUAGCAGUAACAGCGGUUUGGGCGUGACCAGCAGCAGCGCCAACGGUAAUCUGUUGCCACCGGCCAUCUCGGUUACAAUGAGUAGCGGUAACGGUUAUCCAGCACAUCAUGCGACCGCCAGCACGGGCGCCAGCAGCAAUCAAUCCGAUUCUGAUGAGGAAGGCAGUUACUCAGAGUUAGCAGCGGCCAAUAGUUUGUCCAAGAGCAGCGCAGCGGCUGCAGUUGUGGCAGCACAUUACAGCGCCAGUCCGCCAACAACGCCCAUAUUAAAAGAUAUGCCGCAGAGCUUGUCGCAACAGAUUACAAACAGUUUUGUCAAUUCGUGGUCACAGAACCAGGCCGCACAGGCUAUAAGCCAGAAGUAUCAGCCGAAUGGCAGCAGUGGCGGUUCAGUUUCGGCGCCGACGACGCCAAGCUAUAUGCAGCCUGUGAAACGCGAAUUCUUCCCGGAAACCACAGAGCCCAAUACAAAUGGUCGUUUGCUGUGGGAUUUCCUGCAACAAUUGCUCAACGAUCGCAAUCAGAAGUACAGCGAUUUGAUCGCGUGGAAGUGUCGCGACACUGGUGUCUUCAAGAUCGUCGAUCCAGCCGGUUUGGCCAAGCUUUGGGGCAUACAAAAGAAUCAUCUAUCCAUGAACUAUGAUAAAAUGUCGCGCGCGCUACGCUACUACUAUCGCGUGAAUAUAUUACGUAAGGUCCAGGGCGAACGCCACUGCUACCAGUUUCUGCGCAAUCCAACCGAGCUCAAGAAUAUCAAAAACAUCUCAUUGCUCCGACAAUCCGUUGCAGGCAAUGGCGGUGCAACAACAGCAGCUGGUGGUGCUAACAAUGCCAACAGCGCCAAUAACAGCAAUAGCAACAACAACAAUAAUAGCAACAAUAAUAGCAAUACAAAUAACGGUAACAACAGCAAUCAGCCAGCCAGUACAAAUUUGAACAGUACAAAUUGGACUUUGCCGCAUCCACAAUCGCCGCAGCGUCACCCAGCCGCGCAUGGCAAUAACGGUAAUGGCAACGGCAGCGCCAACAACAGCAACAGCCUGAGCCACAACCACAAUCACAGCAAUGGCCUCAACAAUCCGCACAUGAGUCUACCAGCGAUUUCACAAUCCGCCGCUGCUGCUGCUGUAGCCGCUGCGGCUGCGGCCGCCUACGGUCCACCACCCACAUCGCCGCUCUUCAUGCACGCCAUCAACGGUGCCUUCCAAUACUUAUCCAAUCCGACGGGCGCACCGCCCAACUCGCCCGCAAUGCCACACACCCCAAGUGAAAAAUUCCAAUUCGGCGCCUUAAAAGUGGAACACAACAGUGGUUCACGUUCGCCCGAUCACGGUGACGAGAUGAAACCCACAGAUCUAAGUGUCUCGGGCAACAGCAGCGAAAAGCGGCCUUACUCAAGUCCCUCGGCGGAGGAUUGCUAUCCACUCAUACGCAACGCUGACGGUCUGACCACAAUCAAAUUGAUACGCUACAAUAAUGAGAGCCACGAAUCAAGUGUCGCCAAACAAGCCGCGCACGAGCAACAACAACAACACCACCAGCAAGCGCAUGCCGAACAGCAACAACAAGCGGAACAGCAACACCAGCAACAACAACACCAUACACCCAUGGAUCAUAUGGACAAUGAUGGCAAUGAUGAGGACAGCGUCCAUGCUGCUGCCACAGCAGAGAGCAAUAAAUAUGGCGCCGUCAAUCUAAUGCCAACCGAUCUGCGGAAGUAAACGACGUGUGGAAGGGACACAGUGAUAGGAGCUAACUAAUAUGACAAUAUGCAACAAGAAGACGAUGGUGAGCCAGAGCCGAGCCACAAGCAAUUACAUACGUGAGUCUAAGUUGCUGACACACACACACACACACAUCAACAAUAAUGCCAGGACAAUCAUUCGUAGUUAAGUGGAGAGUACUGUGAGGGGUGUGUGGGCGUGAGAGAGUAACUCAGGAGUGCGCGUAAUUAUAGGUGGCAGGCAAUUAGUGAUAUGAAAUAACUGUUGCAGUACCCAAUAACUGUUGGGAGAAGUCUCCAAAAAAGUUCUUCUGCUCCAGUGCCAAAUCUACGUUUGUAUGUGUGCUCAAGCAUCGUCUAAGUUGCAUGAAACUCAAUAACUAACAAUUCCACGGGAAUUCACUCGCCCAUUACCAGCGUCGUCAAGUGAUCAUGCUCUGCUCAGUUAUGAUUCAUUUGCAGUGACGCAGUUAUUGCACUUCAGUCAAAUUAACAUUUGUUUAUGUAUGUAAGUGGCAAGAAGUUGCACGUUUUUUAUUAUUA